AUGAUAAAUCUUUAUGAAUACGUUGCACCCGCUGCAAAGGCGCCAGCAAAGAAGGAUCUGGUUACGAAGCUGUCAGACUUAACCAAACUUCUCACGGAUGUGCCAAAUGAGAAACUUAACUCCACUUCAGCUAAACUUGAUUAUUUGAUGCCAUAUACACAAAGCAAGAUAAAUAUUCUGUCUAAUAAAUCAGACACAACUCCACUCCCUACUGAUGUGCUACAAAAGGGCAAAGCUUCUAAUUCUUCUACCAACGUCCUAACUAUUCCCAAGCCUAUCCCGAAGGGAAAGGAGAACAAGGAAAGAAGAACAAUAGUGCUGUGACUCAGUUCUAGAAAUAAAAAUAAGAGAAAGAGUAAAAACUCUUUAUCAGUUGAUAAGGUAUUUGCAGUUAGUUAUGAUAACUCUUUAUUGAAGCAUACAAACAUUGCAGUCAC